GCUAGCUAGCAUCGAGAGUACAGUACAAUUACUUUAGCUUAGCUGCUCAUGAGGAAAGUAGACAAAAGUCCAACGUGUAUGAUGAGUUGGCCCGAACAGCGACUGGCUUUAUCCAUAUGAAAUUAAACUGGUUUGAUAUAACCUUUUUUCAGUGCAAACGAGGUUGUAACUGUAAGUUUGGAUAAUGCUAAGUACCCGGUGUGGCGUUCACAUGUCAUCCUCAUCAAACAAACAUUGCUAACGUUAGCUAACUGACGUUACAGCAUUAAAUACUUGUAGUGAAAGGCAUGUUUUUAUGUUUUGCAACGUUUGUUACCGUUAAUGUUAAGUUCAGUCGCGUUAAGUUCACUGAAGCUGAGCAGCCCAGGAGAGAGCUCGAAAACUUUUUCAGUUGUCGCCACUGUCAUAAUCAAGACUUGGGUUACACUCCUCCGUCAGAUGGCGUUCUGCCUGGCUGAGCUGCACUUGUGGUCCACCAAGAGCUCACUCCAAGUUAAAGAUACAGAUAUUGGCACCUAUCAGUACUACGAUAAAGGAGAGCCAGCCAGUUCCCACGAGCAUCACUACUACAAUGAGAAACUCCUGUUCUGUGAAGCUCGAGGCUAUUCGUGGACCCCCAGGAACCGCCGACCGGAGAAGCUACGCGAUUCGCUGAAGGAGUUGGAGGAACUGUUGCAGACCAACACCUGUGUUCACACCAGAUGGAGGAAAAAGCAUUGCUGCCAGGUGAUGCUGAGCAGUGGAGUACUGGUGACUCUGACCCUAAACGGACCUCAAUUUGAACAAGUGUGUGUAGACCGCACAUUAGUAGGUCGAUUACCAGCCAACACUGUGACUGAUGCGGUGCUGAGCGAUAAGCUGAUUCUGCUGUCCUUCCUGGAGCAGAGCCAAGUGGCUGCAGUCUACCUCAACCAAAAGAACCAGGACUCCCCAGAGACUGGCAGGCGAACAGACAAACUCUCACCCUCUGAAAUCAAGGUGGUGGGUGUGGAUGUGAGUGGGCGCAGUCGUAGGCUCCUCAGACGGGUGGGUCUCAACCGUCUGCAGGAUGUGGCGGUCUGCUGGUGGAACCUGGACGAGCCUGAUGAGGAGGUGUGGCCCUGGACUCCCGCAAACUCGCAAAGGAACAACCUGGUUCUGCUCAGCUGCUCACCUACUGAAGGCCUCAAGGUUCUUAGCUCGGUCCGGACAGAAGGCAACCCCCUGGACUGUCGCUUCAGCCUGCUCCAGCCCUACCAGCUGCUAACAGUAGAGCUACCUGCAGGACCCCAAGGAUUCAGAGAGGGGUCCUGGGCUGAUACCUGCGUGUAUGAAUGUGCACGAGAGCGCCUGCACCGACUGUCCGUCACCCGCAUCCCGCUCCCAUCCCACCCCGUCUCCUGCUCACGACACCGCUGCGAGACCACACUUGUCCUUGGCUUGAGUGACUCCUCCCUGGUCCUGUAUGACCAGCGCCGGGGUGUCUCUCUCCUGGCUUCCUGCCCUGUAUUACCAACCCUCCUCGCCUGGCACCCUGCUGGGGCCUUGGUCAUGGUAGGGGGAGAGCAAGGGGAGCUGAUGUGCUUUGAUGGGGGCUUGGCACCUGUAGGCAUGGCACUGGUAGCAGAAGAGGUAGCGUCAGCUGCCAUGCUAAGACUAGCUCAGCACCUGCGCUGCUUUGGAGGCCUGGAGAGACUGCAAUGGGGGACAAGCCUGGAAGGAGGCCCAGAGGGGACCGAUAUCCUGAUGUUGGCCUUUCAUGGGGGGCCACUAGCAGCUUUGAGAUUCAGACUAGGGGCUCUGACAGGGGGCCAGAUGGGCCCCGGGGAGCUGCUGCAGCAGCGGCUGCGUUGUGGCCAGGUCAGAGAGGCGCUGGGCAUCCUGGAGGCCAUGGACUGGAGCAUCAUGGGAGAUGAGUGCUACCGAGGCCUGAGCUCGAUCACCAACCACCUGCUGAGACUGGAGCUGAAUGCAGAGACGGAGGCCCAACUUGAAGCAGCUCUGGGUGUGUUUUAUGCCCCACCUGCCCCUCUCUCUGAUAUGGUGAUACUCGAGUACAGGGAGCCAAUCAGAAAGUAUGCCCGCCGAUUCUUCCGACAUCUCCUCAGACACCAGCGCUUUGAGAAGGCCUUCCUCCUCGCUGUAGACUUGGAAGACAGAGAUUUAUUCAUGGACCUCCAUUAUGUUGCCAGCGAUAAGGGCGAGGUGGUGCUAGCGGAUGUGGCCAAGAGGAAAGCUAAUGAAAUCGAGGCCCAGGUCGUCGCAGGCAGCGAAGAUCCUCUGAGAGGCAGAAAUGGCGUGUCGUGCGGUUCUGGCCUCGGAGGCAGACAGACUGAGAGGAACCAGAGUGCAACAGGACCUUCGGACCCAGGAUCUCCCACAACACAUGCUGAUGGAAGAGCCAAUCAGAGGAGACCACAGGCAGAGAGCAUACGAGUGACCGUGAGCCCAGAUCUGUUGAGGGCACUGAGACAAACAGUUUGUUCUGCAGGAAGCAGUGAAGGUGACAGAGACAACAGGGAUGAAGACGAAGACCCCGAGAUGCUUCACGUGGUUCAUUUAGGAAUGGUUUGAAGAACUAAGAUGCGAUAAGAGCACUUUAUUUAUCCCAGCGGGACUUUGGAGACACAACAACAUCACACUAGUAACAGACUCUCUUUGUCUACAUUUUAUAAUAUGCAAAUUUUACCUGCAUACGGUCUCAAAUGCUUGUUCUCAUGCAGAACAGUAGAUGACUAUGUAGAUAAAAAAACACAAGUAUUACAUGUAAAUACAUGAUUCUUGUAUUGCCAGCUUCUUAGUAAGUUGUACAUUUUAAACUGAACAACAGUGUUUGCUGAACUAAAAGCCUUUUUUUUAUUAUUUCUGUCAUUAAUAUAUCUGUGAAAUUCAGCCAAAUCAAAAACAUUGAGCAGCUUCAUGGAUGUGAAUUUGGGUUAUUUUUUUGUUUUAGUGAAGUCUAAACUAAAAAAAAACCUUAAAAGAAAACAGUUACA